AUGAGAAAAUUUACCUAUCUCGGCAAAACCAGAAAGGAAAUUGCCGAAUGCAAUGACAGCAUUAAUGUCAAUGACGAUCCUUCUCAAGUCAUUAUUCACGGUGGGACUAAUAACCUAACGACAGAUCAAGCUGAAGUGCGUGUUGGUGAACUUAAAAACGUGGUCGCUAAAUUUCAAACAAAAUUUCCAAAUUCCAGCAUUGGAGUUUCAAGUUUAGUAUAUACAGAAGAUAUUAAUGUGGAGGUAAUUCGUGAGGAAGUUAAUGAUCAACUUAGAAUAUUAGCUAUAUUGAUAAUCUUGUCAUUGAUAGUGCUUGUAAAUCAAUAGUAUCAACUAAGGACCCUAAUCGUGCUUGGAAGAAAUGAUAACGAUAUAAUAAUGAUGAUGGAGACAUGGCUUAAUAAUAGCAUUACGAAUAAUCACAGAUACGAUACUACCGAAAGGUUAUCACGUCAUAAGAAAAGUUCGUGUUGCUGACAAACGCGGAUGUGGAGUUCUUAUAUAGCGCUAGGUCAUGAUGUUGUUUACAACAGAGCAACUUCAAGGAAAACUUCCCCAUACUUGUCUGAUCGUUUAAUUAAAGAUCAUCGCACUCGAAGUUGAGCUGUUAAAUUCAAAGAAAUCUCUAAUGUGUCUUUGUACCGGCCACCUAGUUGCCAAUUAGACGAAUGGUUCGAGUCGUUCACGACAUUUGUGUGAGAAACAUCACACUACGGUUAAUUUCUUAUCACAGGUGACUUCAAUUUCCCAGAUUUAACUUGGAACUCCAGCCUGGUUCCUACCAAAUCAGAAAGAAGUAUCUCGGCUGGAUCAUCUGAAUUUAGAGAACUUGCGUUUUAUUUUUUCUUCCACCAAGUCAACAUGUACCCUACCAGACAAAACAACAUUUUGGACCUCGUCCAAACGAACGCUUCUAGUAUCAGUAGAGAGGUUAAGAUACCCCCGGUCCGGUUUACGGGUACGGGUGAUAUACACGUACCCGUACCCUUAAACAGAGGAAGGGCUUUUAAGAUACGAAAUCCAAGAUAUUCUGGCGUGAGUAAACCUAUCAGAGAAUGACAACUUUCAGGGUUAAGAAUCGCCGUAAAUUGUUGAAAACUUUAACAAACAUAGAUGCAUUAUUUACUUGGGUAAAAUGUUGAAAAUGUUUACUAUUUAAACGGCCCACAAAUGGUAAACAGAAAACACCCGUACCCGUUUGUCUUUUACGUGUAGACCAUGGUUUACUGAGGGGAAACGGGUAGAAAUUACGAGUAAAAUGCUGACAUCAGCAAAAAUUUGUAAACAAAAUGACGAUACCACUGGCGAUACUCGUAACCAACGGAACCGGGGUAUCUUAACCUCUCUAAUGUCAAUUUCUCGCGCGUUUCCGCCAAAACAAUGGAUCUCUCAAGUGACCACCACCUGAUGUUCUUUGGCAUCUUACUUCAUAUUAAAUCAACAGGUUUUGACAAGAGAACUGUUUUCCACCACGCAGACUGGAACGGCCUAUAUCACGCCCUUAACCACAUCAAUUUAUCACCCAACGAGUCGUGCGAUAUCAAUAAUGAUUGGUUUAUUGUCGCCGUUGUUAUAAAUAAGAUGCCUAAUUCAGCUGUGAAUUUGAUUCAACUGUCAUAAACGAUUUCCGAAAUAUGAUGAAUAUUUGGGGUUUCCCCUGCACUACCGUAGCCUAUAAGGUAAACAACAUGAGUAUGCUACAAAUCAGUUAAUAAAUAUAAAUGGUAAGUAAAUAAAAUAAUGGAAGUUUGUUGCCCUUUUUAAUCAAUUGUUCGUGGAAUAUUUUCUGCUUUGAUUUGAGAGACCGAAAGCAAAGCACUCAAACUAUUCCUUUAAUUAUUAGUCACUUGGGGCCAGUUGUAUAAAAAAGUGAUUAAAGUUCACUAUAGUUAGUGGAAACGUCAUCCAAUAAGAAGCACGUAUUUGAGAGUUAAUCACUAUUUAACUGCAAAAUAGUGAUAAAAAAUGUGAUUAAAGGGGCAGUGUCACCAAUUCUUGACCAAAAAUUUUUUUGUUCAAAGUCUGACCUGCGAAUUCGAAAAUACACAUUAUAAAUAGGUUCAGUUAUCAUAUACGAAUCAUAUUAAACAACUUUGAACUUCCACAUGCACACAGCAUGUAAAACGAAGUUUUCAUACAAAUUGACUUGCAAAAUUGUCUGCCAACAAUUAAUCAUAAGAUGUCAUGUACAAUCCAUCUCAAUCCUCGCCCAAUCUCAACCAUCCAGACCUUUGUACAUGUUUCUUGUAUUUGUUAUUAUUUUAUAUUGUGCUUACAGCCAUUCUGUUUGGGUUUUGUGCAAGAUUCCUAAAAAUUCUGCGAGGGUCAAAAUCGGUUACAAGACGGCUGGCCAUGUCAUCAUUUUGUACAACUGGAUGGCAACUUUAUGUUAGAAGCUAGUAACAGGCAUUUUCUUAUAGGUGAAGCCUUGGUGAACAAGACUAUAUGUGUUACCACUUCUGAUUUUUGCUUUAUGGCCAAAAAUUUAAGAAUUUUUAAAUUUUGCCUAUUUAAUUACUAUGAUCGGAAAAAAUGUAAAAUCUCAUGUUCUUUUAUACGAAAAAUAAACUAUACCAGUAGAAAGAGCGUAAAAAACUAUAUAUAAGACAAUAAAAUGAGUUCUACGUUUUUCCAAUCCUAUUUCGAGUUUUUACUGCUAAAAAAUGCAGAAAUGACCAAAUUAAUGCUAAUUAGUACCCAUUUUGCCAACUUUAACCAUCUUUAAUUCAAAAUCGGCUUGAAGAUCGCACUAGUCGCUUAAUUGUCUUAUAUACAGUUUUUUGCGAUCUUUCUAGUGGAAUAAUUUAUUUUUUGUAUAAGAGAACAUGAAAUAUUACAUUUUUUGACAUCAUAGUAAUUCAAUAGGCAAAAUUUUAAAAUUCUCAAAUUUUUGGCUUUUCAGCAAAAAUCAGAAGUGGUAACACACACAAUCUUAUUCACCAAGGCCUGAACUAUAAGAAAAUACCUGUUACUAGCUUCUAACAUAAAGUUGCCAUCAAACUCUCUUUAGAGGCACUUUUUGCCAUCUUUGCCGGCCGACUAAGAUAUUUCAAAACAAAAGACUAUACGUAGAAAUUUUCUGGAAUUGAAAAUGAAUUUGAACUGAUUCCAGCUCUGCCGAAUGGGACUGUUUUCUGAGACCGGUCAAAGUCACUCAAUAACAAUAUGCCUUCGUCAUCGCUCCACACUUGGUUUGAACUGGAGCAGAGGUGCAAGUACAAUAGGUGUAGAGUCCCUGAAAGUAUUUCAAAGCACGGAACAGGCAAAGGAGGAUGGCCUAAAGGCGAGCGAG